UCUCACCACAUCUCACCCAUCUACCAGAGACACCACCUCACAGCACCUACAAAUCCUAAACCCCAGUCCUAUACACCUACAAGGAAACAUGUCCCCCCAAAUCCCCCAAUAUCUAUUCGCCCUCCAAUCCCUCCCCCUCCUCGGCAGCGGCCUCUACACCCUCCUUUUCCCCGCCUCCGCUGCGCAAUCACCGUACCUGCCGCUACGGGGUGUCAGCGUAGGGACUAUCCAAGCGAUGAGUCUUUCAUCCUUGACACUGGGCACUUUCUAUGCUCUCGUCGCCUAUCAGAAUAACUUCCCGAUGAUGGUGGCUACGAUUCCGACACGGUUUCUGGCUGCGGUGGUGUUUUAUCAGACGGGCGAGGAGGCGUGGAAACGGGUCGCGCCGUUUGAGGCGGUGAUGGGGGUUGUGACUGGUUUGGGGCUGUGGUUUUGGGGGUAGUUGGGGGAUAGUACUAGGCUGUACAGGUUAUGUAUAGUGGGUCAGUCGAUUGCUUCCAAUGCUCGUAUAGUAAUCCUUUGGUAUUUUCCUAAACUGUUGUCGAAGGUCUUCGAAGUGCAUAAGAGGAAAUGAUUAUAGAAAAACAAACUAAGGGGGAGAGUGAGUUGCUAAUGAUAAAUAGUAUUAUGAGCUUAGUACCUGAGUUGCUGCUACAUAAACGGCAUGUCUGAUAUUACGCAU